UAAUUGACGCAUUUUAUAGUUGUGUGUAUUUACCGAGGAAUUUUUGUGCCAUAUAUUGCUGUUUUAAAACGCAAGUGAGGAACGAAGACUCAAUCUGAAAAUGGCUGGGCGUGAAGUCAUUUCCCUGCACAUUGGACAAGCAGGUGUGCAAAUGGGAAAUGCGUGUUGGGAGCUGUACUGCCUGGAGCAUGGGAUCCAGCCCGACGGGAUCAUGCCAUCAGACACAUCACUUGGCCAGGAAUCUGCAGAUGACGCUUUCAAUACCUUUUUCAUGGAAACUGGGGCCGGGAAACACGUCCCGAGAGCCAUUUUCAUUGACUUGGAACCAACCGUGAUCGGUGAAAAUUCCUAUUUCAUUUAUACGAGGGGCCUAGGCAAAAGAAAAUUUCUCGUAAUAGAAAUUGAAACAGCAUAUUUGAUUGAGCUGAAAAAGAAUUUUCGUGAAGUCAUUUCCCUGCACAUUGGACAAGCAGGUGUGCAAAUGGGAAAUGCGUGUUGGGAGCUGUACUGCCUGGAGCAUGGGAUCCAGCCUGACGGGAUCAUGCCAUCAGACACAUCACUUGGCCAGGAAUCUGCAGAUGACGCUUUCAAUACCUUCUUCAUGGAAACUGGGGCCGGGAAACACGUCCCGAGAGCCAUUUUCAUUGACUUGGAACCAACCGUGAUCGAUGAGGUCAGGCAUGGGACCUACAGGACCUUGUUCCACCCGGAACAACUCAUUGCGCUCAAGGAAGACGCUGCUAAUAAUUACGCCAGGGGCCACUACACUGUCGGUCCCAAAGCGAAUGAUUAUGUGAUGCCUGCAAUCGAGAAACUGGUGGAGCAGUGCUCAGGGUUGCAAGGAUUCCUCAUAUUUCAUUCUUUCGGUGGAGGCACGGGUUCUGGGUACACUUCGCUCUUGAUGGAGAAGAUUUCUGCAGAGUAUGGCAAAAAGACCCGGCUGUGCUUUUCCAUCUAUCCUGCUCCAACUGUAUCAACAGCAGUGGUUGAGCCUUACAACGCAAUCCUCCAUACUCACACGUCUCUGGACCAUGCUAAUGUGGACUUCAUGGUUGAUAACGAGGCCAUAUACGAUUUGUGCAAGGACAGACUGAAGAUUGAGCGCCCUCAUUACACCAACUUGAACAGGCUCAUUGGGCAGUUGGUGUCCAGUGUGACUGCAUCCCUGAGAUUUGAUGGUGCCCUGAAUGUGGAUCUCACUGAGUUCCAGACCAAUCUUGUGCCUUAUCCCAGGAUACAUUUUCCAAUGGCAACGUGGGUGCCUGUGGUGAAUCCUGAGACAGCCAAUUCUGAGGCACUCACUGUGCAGCAGAUCACUCACAUGUGCUUUCUGUCAGAAAAUCAGAUGGUAAAAUGUGACCUACAAAAAGGGAAAUACAUGUCGUGUUGCUUGCUGUACAGGGGAGAUGUCAUCCCAAAGGAUGUGAACUCAGCCAUCUUAGCAGUGAAGCAAAAGAAAACCAUACAAUUUGUGGAGUGGUGCCCCACUGGCUUCAAGGUGGGGAUAAACUACCAACCCCCCACCGUGGUGCCCAAUGGAGACUUGGCAAAAGUUCGCAGAGCUGUCUGUUGUCUCACCAACACCACAGCCAUCAAAGAAGCCUGGAGACGCUUGGAUCGCAAAUUUGAUCUCAUGUAUGCGAAACGUGCUUUUGUGCACUGGUAUGUGGGAGAAGGCAUGGAAGAAGGGGAGUUUGCUGAAGCCAGGGAAGAUAUGGAAGCCCUGGAGCUAGAUUAUGAAGAAGUUGCUGGCAGCAUGGAUUCUGAGCAGGAAGAUGACUGAUGUGUCUCGUUCACGUGGACUUUCAACAGAGUGAAGAGAGGAACAACAUCAAAAUAUGAAAUUGGAGCUACAAAAAUCCCUGAUCUCACCUUGCUUGUUGUGUGAAAGCACCUUUUGCACCUUGAUAGUUACGCAUUCGCAAAAUUCUUUAUGGGAAUGUGCCAAUAACAGCCCAAUGCAGUCCUUGUCAUGCUGAGGGCAGAAGGCAAUUGUUUCCAGGAAACACUGCUUUCUUUUUUUUUUGGGAAAUAAAUUCCAAACUUUCAACUAUCAUGAA